AUGAAGGCCAACUAUCUCGCAGUCGUUGCCGCCUCACUGGCCGGCAGCGGCGUCAAUGCCGAACCCAUGUCUGUUCUGAGGCAGUUGAAGCUUAAUACAUGGGCUGAGCUGUCCGAGACCGGUGCUUUCGACCUUCAUCGUUAUGAAGCUCUCACAGCCUCGAUUUCCUGCCAGAACGGUCGAGCGGGUGAAUAUCGUUGCAACAACGUUGACCUCGUAUCUUUCCUCCGUCACCAGGAUCUGGGUUCGUCCACACGGCAAGGAAAUGAUGUUUGGGGCUGGACCUCGGACACCGGAAGAGAAUUCGGUGUCGUUGGCCAGACUGACGGAACUGCGUUUGUGGAAAUUCUGUCGGAUGGCUCACUGAUUUACCUCGGCCGACUUCCGACCCAGACAACUUCAUCGUCUUGGAGGGACAUGAAGGUUAUCGGAAACCACGCGUACAUUGGCUCCGAGGCUGCCCGUCACGGAUUGCAAGUGUUCGACCUGACGAAAUUGCUAAACAUCGACCCAUCGUCCCCGAAGGUGUUCAGUACCUCCUCUGACCUUACGGCUCACUUCGCUGGUUUUGGAAACUCCCAUAACAUCGUUGCGCACGAAGAUACGAACAUGAUUUACGUAGUGGGUACCGGCAGUGAUGCCGGGUGCCGAGGCGGACUCUUCAUGGUUAAUGUCAGCAACCCAGCCAACCCUACCUCUCCUGGCUGCCUCUCUGCUGGCGGAUACGUGCACGACGCGCAAUGCGUCAUAUAUUCUGGCCCCGACACUCGCUACACCGGACGCGAAAUUUGCUUCAACUUUAACGAGGAUACUCUCGAUAUUACUGAUGUCACCUCUAAGGGUAAACCGACAACCAUCAGCAGUACAGGUUAUACCGGUGCAAGCUACACUCAUCAAGGCUGGAUCGCCGACCCCGAGCAGCGGUUCCUCCUGCUGGACGACGAGCUAGAUGAGCAGCGCCGCCGUGGCCCCGCCGCGAACCAACAUACCACUACCUACAUUGUCGACAUCUCCAAUCUAAAGAGUCCCCGCUUCACUGGUACUUACCAGAGCCCCGCCAUCUCCAUUGACCAUAACCAGUAUGUUGUUGAUGGCCUGUCAUAUCAAGCAAACUACGGUUCUGGACUUCGGAUUAUCGAUAUCACAUCUCUAGGUUCGGAUCCGACAGGUCGAGGCAUUCAUGAAGUUGGGUUCUUCGAUGUCCAUCCCGAGGAUGAUGAUGUUAAUGGCAGAGCUGAGUUUGUCGGCACCUGGAGCGUCUAUCCAUUCUUUAAGUCUGGGCACAUCCUUCUCAACAGUAUCGAGCGUGGUGCUUAUGUCUUGAAGUACACCGGUUAG